AUGCGACAUAGAAUCGGCAAAGGCGUGCUGCUCACAGCGGCCUUCUCCCUUCUCCUCACCUGCGUGUUCUACCUCGCGCACGAUACCGUUCUCCACAACUCGCGGAUCAUCGGAUGGCAGGCGUACACCGCUAUCGACCUUCGCAAGCCUGCCCACUCCACCGCUGGGGAUGCUGUCAACUCCACAUCUCCUCCUCCUUCAACACCCGGAGUGGUGGCAGGUGAGCAGUACGACGACGCCUAUCCACUCGAUAUCUAUGCUCCCACGCUGCCAAAUCCAGCACCGAUCACCGAGAUCACCGUGCACAGCUGUCUACCCCUCACGGCGUGCGUGCCGCCCACGACGCCAGCACAAGAUGCGGAGUUGGGCAAGUGGGUCCGCGUCGAUAGGUCACUCAGCCCCGUUGGCCAGCUGGGCAAUUCUGCGGGAGGAAUGUUGAGUAAUCUGUUUGGAAGCAUCGAACAGCGCUUUCUGUUCUACCGCAAGUCGAGGCGGCGCGACGUGCAGGAAGUGGUCGAGAUCAAGCUGGUCGAGGAAGGUCAGACCCCGCCGACGGGUGAAGGGUGGCAUCGAGUCCAGGAUGGACUGCGGAGCAGAGUCGUGCAGAUGAUGAGCGGCGAGAAAGGGCUGCACCUGUUCUAUCGGACAAGCUCGGCGGUGGGGAGGAUGCAGGCGGAGUUGGGUGCGAGACAGGUGUCGCACGGGAGCGCCGAUGAGGCUGGCAAUGCGACGAUGCAUGCGAUCACAGAGCUCGACUUGACCUAUGGCGAUAAUCCGCCUUGGCCCGGGUUCGAGGCCGCAGGGAUCAUCUCCAGCUCGCAUCCUUCCAUGGCGUCGUCGAGGAUCACGUUGACCUACCGCCGCCGGCCGAUGCGCAAACCCACCCUAGACCCACUUAAGUUCAAGAAGGAUGGGUCGUUCAAGAUCCUUCAACUGGCCGAUCUGCACUUCUCCACCACUCCGGAGCCGUGUCGUGACAUCGACGUCUCGGAUCCACGCUGGUCCUCCCGUGGAUGUCUGGCCAAGAACGACACCCUCUCCCUCAUCCACAACUGGCUCGACACGGAGAAGCCGGACCUAGUAGUCCUAACCGGGGACCAGCUGAACGGCCAAUCGACAUCCUGGGACCCGCGCUCCGUCCUCUCGCUCUACACGGCCCCGCUGAUCUCGCGCAAGAUCCCCUACGCGGUGAUCUUCGGCAACCACGACUCGGAAUCCGGUCCGCUCAGUCGAGAAGAGCAGAUGCAGAUCGCGUCCAACAUGCCCUACUCCCUCUCCUCGGUCGGACCAUCGUUGAUCACCGGCACGGGCAACUAUCUGCUCAAAGUGGAGAGUGGUCGAGAGGACAGGGCGCACGUAGCGAGCCUUUGGUUCAUGGAUAGCGGCACACAUGCAGAGAAAGAUCGGUGGAAGCCGUGGGUCAAACCUGGCUACGGGUUCAUCCAUAAAGACCAGAUCGAGUGGUUCACCACCAAGUACGGGGAGAUUAAGGAGUCACUUUUGCCGUAUCAACCCGAUGGGGCGGCAGAUUUGCCCAAACAACCGUGGCGACGGGGGAAGGAGUGGGAUUCGGAUGCGGAUGGCGGUCAGACGCUCGCUCGACCCCCGAGUGUGGUGUUCAUGCACAUCCCACCGCCGGAAAGUAUGAACCCCCCUGACACGGGAGCUUAUCCGGAAGUACACAAUCCCACCGACCCAAAAACUCCACCGUAUCCAUCGACAAUGACGACCGAUCUCGUGGUCGGAGCCAGGCUGGAAACCGCGACGGUGGAAGGCGCCCAGUCCCAACCAGGCAUCUUUGACGUUUUGACUUCGCUCAAUGCGCACCACCCCGCACCGGGUGGAGUGAGGUUGUUGGUGCACGGUCACAUGCACCUCAAUUCCGACUGCCGUCGCGUUAAUGGGAUCUGGAUCUGCUUUGGCGGCGGCAGCUCGCUGGCGGGCUACGGGAGGAAGGACGUGCAACGCAGAGCAAGGGUCAUCGUACUCGAGCAGUGGGCGGCCAAGAUCCGCACAUAUCAUAGGAUCGACAGGGACGAUAAGCGGGCCGACGAAUUCGUGCUCACAUACAAGUAA